CGGCGUCGGCGGCGCCUGGGGCCUGAGGAGGCGUCGUCCCCUCCGGCUUUGCCUGGGGAGCGCCUUGGGGCGGUGCAGCUCAGGAUCUGGUGCGGACCGCGGGGAGGACGGAUGUGACCUUCUCCUGCCUGGAAAAUCUUAAGUUCUUAGAAGUUUCACUGCACACCUGAGGUGGCAGUUUAUAUAAAGAAAGCACUGGGACUGUGGCCACACCUUCAAGAAUAAAAAAAAAAAAUAGAAAAUGGAACAGCCAUGUAUGUUAUGUGAGGAAGAGCAAGAGCCAGACCCACAGCAGAACACAGAAGAAACCAAAAAAGUAGAUGAUGAAGAUGCUGAGCUCAUCUUUGUUGGGGUGGAACAUGUAAAUGACGACGCUGAGCUGAUAUUUGUUGGGGUGACUUCAAAUUCAAAGCCAGUUGUUUCAAACAUUUUGAACAGAGUCACCCCAGGUUCAUGUUCAAGGAGAAAAAAGUAUGGUCACCUCAGAAAAGGUACUACUCACAAAUUACCGCCUAUAAGCCAUGUGACCUCUGUAUCAGAAGCAGUCACUGCCUUGCCAGUUUCUGAAUCUGAAUCAAGAUCAACAGAUAGUCCCAUUAUUAUUGAGCCUUUGUCUAAACCUGAUUUUAAAAAUAAUUCACAAAUUGUGCCUAAUAGCUGUUUGGAGUUAUGUUCUCCUUUGAUUACAUUCACAAAUUCAUUACAGCAUCCAGUAGGAGAAGCACUUUCUGUAGGAGAUAUGAAUAAAAGUCCUUGCAUAUCAAAGCAACUUUCCACUGCUGAAGUAAAUGAUAUAAAUCCCAAAAGGCCUAAACUCAGCGAUGGAAUCAUAGAGGGACAUGCUUCAGCUUUGUCCCCUUCAGGUAACUUUCAUACAGUGACUUCACAGCAAAGCACAGACUCAAACAGUGUUCAUACCUCAUUAAACCAUGUUCAGAAUGGACAUGACUUAGAAUGGAGCCAUGGAGCCAUGGUUCAGAAUGGAGCACCUUUUGCAACACCUUUUCCAAAGGACUGUGUCCAUUUUAAGCCUAUAAAUCCUGUAAAGGAAAAUAGACCGGCAAAAACAGACUUGAGUCUAGUGAGUCAAAACCAGGUUGUUGAUCCCAAGAAAGGAAGUCUGGUCAUAUUACUUCAUGACUUUUAUUAUGGGCAACAUAAAGGAGAUGGUCAGCCAGAACAGAAGACUCACACAACCUUUAAAUGCCUCAGCUGCUUGAAAAUUCUAAAAAAUGUCAAGUUUAUGAAUCACAUGAAGCACCAUCUGGAACUUGAGAAGCAGAGGGGUGACAGCUGGGAAAGCCACACCACCUGCCAGCACUGCCACCGACAGUUUCCCACUCCCUUCGAGCUGCAAUGUCACAUUGAAAGUGUACACACUACCCAGGAGCCUUCGGCUGUCUGUAAAAUUUGUGAAUUGUCAUUCAAAACAGAUCAGGUUCUCUUACAGCACAUGAAGGACAAUCAUAAGCCUGGCGAAAUGCCCUAUGUGUGCCAGGUUUGCAAUUACAGAUCAUCAGCCUUUGGUGAUGUGGAAACACAUUUCAGAAAAUGCCAUGAAAACACUAAGAAUUUGCUCUGUCCAUUCUGUCUCAAAAUUUUCAAAACUGCAACACCGUACAUGUGUCAUUAUAGGGGACACUGGGAAAAGAGUGUUCACCAGUGUUCCAAAUGCCGGCUACAGUUUUUAACUUUCAAGGAGAAAAUGGAGCACAAGACCCAGUGUCAUCAAAUGUUUAAAAAGCCUAAGCAACUAGAGGGACUGCCCCCUGAAACAAAGGUUGUUAUUCAGGUGUCACUGGGACCUCUUCAACCAGGAUCUGUGGAAGUAGCAUCUGUUACUGUGAGCACAUCUGAUUCUGAACCAUCAGCCCCCAAGUUUAAAAGUAGAAUUUCAAAAAAACCUCGUUAAUUCUAGUUUCAGUAAACCUAAAGCAGGUAUUUCAAUUAAAGUAAAAAAAAAAA